AUGAACGGUGGAGUCAUUAUCGCCCUACUCUUAAUCGCAGUAGCAUCAGUCUAUGGCCAAGGCCAUGGACACGGACUCGAUAUAGGAGGAGGAGACCACCAUCAUCUUGAAGAAUAUAUUGACUACAAGGCACCACCAAAAUACCACUGGGACUACGCAGUCCAUGAUCUGAAGCACCACGACAUCAAGAGCCAAUACGAAGUGAGAGAUGGCAAAGAGACCAAGGGUCGUUACGAACUCCUUCAACCUGAUGGCAGGAAACGUAUCGUAGAGUACGUUGCUGGCAAACAUGGUGUCGACUACAAGGUCAGGUACGAAGGCAAAUCGGAACAUGGAGGUAUCGGUGCUCUCAGUGGUUAAGAUGGGCGCCUGCCACAACGUUUCAUGACUUGAAUCAUCAGACUGGACCUACGAUGCUACCUAUGUUGUAUAUUGUUUUUUCGUUGUAUUAUAGUAUGUAAGUUGUUUUUUUCGCAAUAAAACUUGUUGACU